UACGCCGCAAUCUGAACCCUCAGGGUGGCAAGGCUGAUUUCAAGCUCUCCCCUCGGCCACACCCAUGCUUGAUCCAACGGCAUUCAUUGCGACCGAGUCCAAAUACAGUCCAAAUACAGUUCACAAACAUGCCAGACGAUCCAAACUCUUAUCCAACAAGUCGCGAUCAAUUCAGCGUCGCUGUUAUUUGCGCAUCGACACAAGAGGCGGACGCUGUCGAGGCUCUGUUCGAUGAGUUUUACGAUGAGACCGGUCACGACUACGGAAAGAUCCAUGGGGAUCCCAAUGCAUACACAAAUGGGAGGAUUGGGAAACACCACGUUGUCCUCGCUCAUAUGCCAGGCAUGGGAAAGGGGAUCGCCUCCAGUGUUGCAGCGAGCUUCAACGCAAGUUAUAACAAUAUCAGGCUGGCGUUGCUGGUUGGGGUUUGUGGUGGGGUUCCGCGUAAAGAGGAUGGAGGAGAGAUCUUUCUAGGUGAUGUACUGGUCAGUGAUGGCCUUGUUCAAUAUGAUCUGGGAAAGCGGUUUCCGGAUAAAUUUUCCCGCAAGGACACCCUUAGUGAAAGUCUGGGGAGGCCGAACCUGGAGAUUCGGGCGUUGAUGAAAAAGCUAAGGGGGGGCAGAACUAAAUGCCGCGUGGAGCAGUUUUUAGCGUCCUAUCUUGGUGUGGUCCAGGGCACGUUGGGUGUGCAGAGAGCUGGGUACCCGGGGACUGAAGAAGACUUCCUUUUUCCAUCAGACUACCGACACAAGCACCACGAGCCUCAGGCAUGCAGCCUCUGCGAUGGCUGCCGGGCUAGAGGAGAUCCUGUUUGCUAUGAAGCCUUGCAGAAGCGCUGUCAGGUACUAAAAUGCGACCGCACGAUCAGCGGUGUUCGGACGAGGAUCCCAAGCAAGGUCGAAAAUCCUCCACCAGCUGUUCAUGUUGGACCCAUUGCAUCUGGCGAUACAGUACUAUUGUCCGGGGACGACCGUGAAGAAAUCUUUGCAAAGGAAAAAACAAUUGGGUUCGAAAUGGAAGGCGCUGGUGUCUGGGACAAUAUUCCCUGCAUUGUCAUCAAGGGCGUCAGUGACUACGCCGAUAGCCACAAAAGUAAAAGGUGGCAAGGCUAUGCCAGUGCAGCCGCGGCGUCUUGUAUGAAGGCUUUCCUAGAUUACUACGCCGUUCCGGAUCGUGGCAUGGCGACUACUUCGAGCACGAACCCUUUUCCAUGCCCACCUGGAGACCUUGAAUUGGCAGUUCCCUCUCUUGAGAAACAGCAGCAGGACUGCCUCAACUCGCUUCAAUUCUCUCAAGACACUGCGCGCUUGGAAAAUAUAGACGAAGCACACGAGAGUACUUGUCAAUGGCUUUUCGAGCGUGAGGAGUACCGGCGUUGGUUGAACCCUACGAAGACGAAUGACCAGAACAGUUUCCUAUGGAUCAAGGGAAAGCCUGGAGCGGGAAAGUCAACGCUUAUGAAGCUUGCUUUUCUAGAAUCGAAACGGACUAUGAGCAAUGUGAUAGUUUUGUCUUUCUUCUUUAAUGCCCGGGGCGAUAUUCUGGAAAGGUCCACGCUAGGACUCUACAGGUCUUUAUUGUUCCAAUUGCUUACAAGCAUCCCCGUGGGAAAUCGACAACCAUUUUGGGAUGUAGCAUCUCGAAAGAACAGACAAAACAGUGUCGCCAAUUGGACACUCAAAGAGCUCCAGAAAAUUUUAUAUGCAACAUUACAUGACCUCAAGGAGUCCAAUAUAGUUUGGUUUAUCGAUGCUGUGGACGAAUGUGACGAGAAAGAAGCAAGGAACAUGGUCUACUACCUGGAAGAUCUAGGAAAAUCGGCCGUUCGUUCUGGAACUUACUUCAAGAUCUGCCUCGCAAGCCGUCAUUAUCCCUUCAUCACUCUGGAUGGAGCCAUUGAACUAGUGGUGGAAGAACAAUUCGGCCACCAGACUGACAUCAUGAAAUACAUAAACAGCAAAUUGAAAGCUAAGUUGAGUAAACAAAGUCAGGAAAUCAAGGGGAUAGUCUGUGAACGUGCGUCUGGGGUAUUUCUAUGGGUUGUACUAGUGGUCCCGCAGCUGAAUGAAGCAUUUGACCAUGGUCGCGUUGAGGCUGCACGAAAAAGACUGGACGAGCUCCCUGAUGAGCUAGAUGAUCUCUUCGAAAAUAUUCUCAAAAAAGAUGAUAAACAUCGGGACGAUCUAAUACUCUGCUUGCAGUGGACUCUGUUUGCAAAGCGACCGUUGACCAGAGAGGAAUUCUGCAUUGCAAUCUGGUGUGAGAGCUCCCAAAUUAUCGAAUUAGACCCCGACAAACACACCCCCAGGCAGAUGGAGCGCUUCAUUCUGAGCGCUUCAAAAGGACUGGUCGAGAUUACGCGAUCAAAAGACCAUACUGUCCAAUUCAUUCAUGAGUCGGUACGGGAUUUCUUCUUGCUACGACAUGGCAUGGAUCGAAUCGGGGCCGGUUUGGGAGAACGGCUCAGUGGUUUAAGUCAUGAUCGACUCAAGAAGUGCUGCUACAGAUACAUGACCUCUGACCUGACCAAGGCCUGCGUAGCUGAGGUGGCUGCAGAUGACGGAAAACAGUUACUUGCCGAUACCAAUACGCGUUUUGUGCUCUUGGAAUACGCAGUCCAUGGCUUAUUUUAUCAUGCCGAUGCUGCAGAAGGCUCUGACAUCUCCCAAGGAUCAUUUCUGAAGCUAUUCCAAGAUCAUGAGGGCCCUGAUUUUGGUACUUUCAUCAGCACUUUCAACGCGUUCGAGCGAUACGCUAUCCGGCGCCAUAAUUCUAAUGUACGCUUGCUCUAUAUACUAGCGGAAAGUGAUCUAUGCCAUCUCGUCAGAUUGCAUCUGAAAAUGAAUACUGGUUCCAAUGUUCUUGCACAAAUUGGCCGUUACGGGUCUCCCGUGGACGUGGCCAUCGUCAAGGGUAAUGAGACUACCCUUCGUGCCCUGCUCCAAUGUCCAUUGGAUACCUCGGACCUACUUCAACCGGAAAUAGUAUUGCAGAUGGAAAGGAGUUUUAGGAAUUCCCUGCGGUCUGAAAUGAGACAUACCGAUGCUAUACACCUCGCACACAACGCUUUACAGCGAGGACAGCUGAAAAUCUUUGAACUUAUCUUUGCCACCGGCAUGCUGGACCUGAACGCAACGUUCAAUAACCACCAUACCAUUCUUACGCGUGCGGUUUUGGACGAUCGAGAAGAUCUGGUCAGGUUUCUACUUGGUACGGGGAAAAUUGAUGUUAAUGCUUCAGGCAAAGGUGGAAAGUCUGCUUUUGUCUUAGCUAUAGAGCGUAAUCAUGAGGGAAUUUUGGAUGCCAUAAUUCAACAUUCAAAAACCCUUCGGUGGUCAUCUUGGACUGAUUUUUAUUACGCUUUUGAUAUCAAGCAGCAUGGAGCAGAUAAUAUAUUUUCGUUUCAGUUUAUAUGGCUCAAGGCAUAGGUUGUAGUUCAGGCCAGUUUUCUUGUUAUCACUUUCCAUCUGUGUGAGCGCUUCUGUGAAAGUAUUGAUAUCGGCGAUUUAAAAUACUGUUCCAAGGCUCUAGAUGAUAUUAAAAUAUUGGUUUUGCUGCUUCGGACCCUUGCAGGUUUAAAAGCAAAAGGUACACCUCAGCAGCACAAUGAACACGACGAGCAAUCCAUAACCUGAAUUUUGAUUUCGCUGGCCAGUAGGAAGCUAUAGCAAGGUGUAAAAAGAACCAAAUAAUUGAACUCACGAGUCACGACCUGACAAUGGAGCACAUCUUGAAGAGUCCCGCGCGACAUAUGGAUCGGUCACCAUAAUAACAAGGGGAUGAACGGCAGCGAUCACCGGUUUCUUCC